AUGCUUCUCCCACCAAUUGCGACGCUCGUCGAAGACCAUCCGACACCAGAUUCUCCAGAAUCAAUGAAUCUUGAUACUCAGCAGAUGGACGAAGAUAUACGACCUCCUUUGGAGGGUCCCACGCUGGGUAACUCCUUAGGAACCCUAACCACCCUAUUCGAAUUUUAUCAUUAUGAACGCAGAUGGAUCCACCAGCAACGCAAUUCCCUUCAGGACGACCCAGGACUCGAUCCCGUCUCCCGGGUCCAGGAGUCUUCCAGCACAGAUGAAAAAUCUUCAUCUUCUCUUUCGCUAUCAUCAGGCGAAUCAUCCAAGCUCAAAUCGCGGGCAUCCAGUACACUGAGAUUUUCACGUUGGCCGUGGAGUGAUCGAAUACGAGGGCCUUUCGAACCGGAAUCCGGUACUGGAGCAAACCCACAUCGAGGGCUCAGUGAUCCUCGACUCAUUCUUCCACCAGCGGGUCGUCGGACAGGGUCUUCAGCGGAUGACACCGGCUACUCGUUGGCAGUCAGCCAGACCGAGUCCUCACCAGACAUAGUGAUACUCGAUUUGUUUGAGAACAUGAUGGAGGCUCGCCUAGAGAGCUGUCAGAGAAUAGACAAGUUGGUCAGACGCGCUCAUGGGCGUAAGACUGAUAUCGAUCGUGGAGGCUUCACUCGCAGCAUAGGCGACAGGCGAAUGAUACGAAUCCAGAUGGAUGCGGCGGCUGGUCUAAAAUGUCCAGUGCAGACUCCAGCCAAUCAGGGGUACAACCAACUAGCAGCCAAUCAAAUAUCGCAGGUCAAUACAUCUUCGAUCGGUGCCCAAUUUGGCGUUAAAUAUAUGUAUUGGUUUGUGUACUUUUGUCCAUCUGCGGGAAUCAACUGA